AAACAGAAUCGGUGAAGAAGGGGACGUUCGAUCGGUUCGCCAUGGACUGUUCUAGGAUCAGUGACGUUUAAAAACUACUCUAACCAUACAGUGAUACAAAGUUACAUAAAAAAAAAAAAACUGUCAUCAUUGUGUCUGUAAGAGGGGAAAGAUGGAUCCGUCUGCAGGUAUGCACAUGUCCGCCAUAUCCCAGAAUAGUGAUGUCGUCCACGUCUCUCUCGGUAACCCCAUUAUAAGCAUGUAUCAGCCUCAACCUCAAGUGCAACCUCAAAACAUCACACAAAUCAUGACACAGCACAUGGUACCUCAAGAAUUAUGUCAGGCCGUACCACACACGGUCCCAUCACAUGUCCAAAUGGCAUCUCACAUCCAGAAUCAGUCACACGUCCAAUCCGUGACACAUCUACAGACCCCACCGCAAGGCCACAUGGAAGCACAGGGCCAUAUCCUGACACAGGGCCACGUAUCCACUCAAGGUCAAUCAGAGAGCCAGAGUGCACCGCUCCCUCAGGAUGGUGCUGUUAACUCACUACAGGUACCUUUUGCAGAGGUAGCCUCUCUGCUGGACCCUAAUAUGAAGAGCUCAAAGGCCCGUAAGUAUCAUAUCCAUUACGAUGAGGUAAAGAGGAGAUUGGAACCACCUGAGAAGAUGUCGCUCCGAUCUAUGGCUGCCUACACGAGAGUCAGCCGAGGUCCGGCUAGUAAGAAAACACUCUUGGAGUCCCUCAAUGUCUUUGGUCUGUCACCAAGCACCAACACAGCAGUGUCCAGUUCUUUUUCUAAACUAACUGAAGGUGACACAGCAGCCCUUUGCAAAGACAUGAAAGACUUUGCACUGCAGUAUGUGGAUUAUGAGAACAUGGCAAAACAGUUGCUUCCUGAAACAAACCAGGUUCAGCACUGGUCAAAAAUCAUUGAGACAAGGAACUAUCUAGAGGAGAUGCGGAAGAUUUUCAACGCCCCUGUGAAUAGCCACUUGUUUUCCAAUGUUACACACGGUCUUGGUAAUGGAAUGAUGGACGUGGCUCUUGAUAUCAUCGAUAAUGUAAUCGACCGCCAAAUUCGAAUCCUCUCAGGGAACACAGACCCCAGACCUGAACCUCCAGUUAGAAGGAUCCGGAAACGCAAUCGCAAGCCCAAAACUGCCACCGAAGAUGGUAAACCUAAAGAAAAGGGUAAAAGGGGACGGAAGAGAAGCAAACAGAUGUGUAUGGAUUCUGCUGUUCCAGAUGUUCCACAGUCCACGGAGAUGGAGAGCGGCGUCUUAACCCUAGUCUCCGUAGGUUACGAAACCAUAUCAAGUGGACUUAACACCAACAAUGCUGGUCUUGCAUAAUGCCAUGUGCCAGAGCGGCACAGAGAGACACUGAAUUUUGAGUGCUAAAAUUCUUGGAAGAAAAUUUUAGUUUUAUAACCUUAUCUCAAGAGUGAAUACUUUCUCUCUCAAUCGUAAAAGUUAUUUAGAUGUUCCUCAGGUUGAGUGUCAUUUUCCUUGACCGGGAUGUUUUGGUUUAAAACCUCACCAGUUAUUUGUUGCUGUCAACCUUUUGUUUUGUUGUUCAUGGUGAAGAAAAAAUGUACACAGACAAGCUCUAUGUUGUAUUCUGAUUAAAUAGAUUGUAAUAUCAGUUUCUGUUAGUCUAUUUUUAGUAUUCUAUCUUUGAUAUGUUCUUUUGAUUCAGUUGUACUUGAUUUUACAAUCUCAGAGUAAUUAAUUUGAGCAAGAACAUAUCUUGUCUGAUCUAUUUAUUUUCUUUUUAUGUCUGAUGUAUAGUGUAUGUAAACAACUGCAGUCUACACACAAUAAGUUUUGCAGAUUGCUCA